CAGUUUGUGCACGUCCGGCGACCAAGCAUCGGAGAUAUUGCACAGUAGAUAUGUGCUCUUUCGAAGGAGGCCACACGCGGCAUGCGCGCGUGAUCACGGAAUAGAACGUCCAGCGGGGAGCGCACACGCCGAUACGACGACGACGACGACGACGACGACGACGACGACGACGACGACGACGAGCACGUCGCGGGGAAGACGACGUGUCGGGAGACGAGCCAAGACGCACGUUUACUGCAACGGUUUCAUUUGCCAGGAAAAGGGUCGACGAGAGCUCAAGGAAAGAGCGCACAGUUCAGAUGCCAGGCACCAUGACCGAGCUUGACUUUAAGCGCGAGUGCGAAAGUAUGGUGCGCGAGUACUUUACUCACGGCGUCAUGGCUGACGUACUGACCAGCGUCCUCGAUUUGCUCGACCGCGCUGAGACCCCAACUCCGCUUGGGCACACGCGUCUGCUCAACCCGUCGACAACGCGCCCUGCUGUGGUGAAACGUGCCGUCGUUGCCUCUCUUGACCGCGGACCGCGUGAGCGUGAGAUGGCUGCACGGUUCCUCCAAGCCCUCGCCGUGCACGAAGUCAUCGCCCCGGCACAUCUCGAAGCGGGUUUUGAUCUCAUCCUUCAAGAUUUAGACUCGCUCGUCAUCGACGUCCCUCGCGUGCCCACCGAACUGUCGCACUUCAUCUCGCGUGCAGUGGUUGACGGAGUCGUAUCCCGCAAGUUCCUCGAUGACAGCGCAGACGCAGAAGGCGUCGACAUUACUUCGCAUCAGGUGGCUGUGACCGCCAGAGGUGCCCUCCGGCAACCUGGGGGUGAAUCUCACGUCCGAGCGGUAUGGGGUGGACCUGAAGGAACAACAGCGGACGCCGCUCGUAGAGAAAUGAGGAAUUUGCUGGAGGAGUAUAUCUCUUCAGGCGAUGUUGCGGAGGCAUCAAGGCGCUUGGCAGAGCUUGGUGUACCAUUCUACCACCAUGAAUUUGUUCGUCGAGCGCUGACACAUGCUAUUGAAAGUUUCGCCGUCAACUCGCAAAGGCCGCGGACAAUCACUAGGUUGUUGGGCUAUCUCAACGCCACAGGACUUGUCAGUGGGACGCAGUUUGCAAAAGGUUUCGCACGCGUUGCCACGUCACUCACGGAGAUAACAUUGGAUGUUCCAGAUGCAAGAGAAAGAUUUGAGGAACUGGUGGGUGUUGCAAAAGACGAGGGGCUGCUUCCGGCAGCAUUGUCAGCAUGGGCUUCGCUGCGGGACUGUGGCGUGCGUGGCAGCAAAGAACUGACUGGCUGCGACGGGUUGAAACCUGUUGGUGAUAACAGGAGUCUGCGCGGCCACAUGCUACGGUUGGAUUCGGCACCAGAUUUGAUCCAGCUGGCUGAGAUUGUCGGCGGCAGCCGUAGCCCCGUCGAGGUGGACACUGAAUCGAAUUCAACUGAAAUUCCUGCGGCGCUGCACUUGAGCCCAGCAAAUGAGCGAGGCAAAUGCGCGAACGAAAGGUCCACGACCGCUAGCGUGUUGUCUCCGGAAAGUAUGUACAUAAUGGAUGAUGGAAGUCAUAAAAAUGAAUCUGUCGGGAUCGCUCCUGCAAUUGGAAAAGCUAUUAUCGACCGCUGCAACGGUGCAUUAUCCUCUGCUUCUGUGCCAAACGGAAAUCAACUUAAUUCAGGUUGGUCAGGCUUCCGUGUGAUGCGCACGAAAUACUUUA